ACCACGUGAGGGGAAUGGUAACACGCCCACGUAGCUCACACCACCCGCAGGCCCGUUCUCCACCCCGGCGCUGUGCACUUUUUUGCCAAAACAGACAGAGAGAGAGAGAGAAGCAAGAAGUUUGCAAGCGGUCCCGAUUCACUUGCUUCCUCGCAGAUUGAAGAGCACGAGAGGUAGAAGAGGCGGUGGGGUGCGAUACAUUCAUAAACUGACGUCCUCAGAAGCUUUGCCCUGCAUUCUCGCGCGGGCGAAUCCUUUGACAGCGCAUAAUGGUGUAAACCUCGCCGGCCUGUCGGAGAACGGAGGAAGGCAGAUUUUGGAAUUUUCAGCAAGCAACUGAAAUACAUAAUGGCCGAGGCAGCUUUUACACCUGAAUAUUCUGGUAGCAAACUAUUGGCACCACUCUCACAUUACUGUGGAUUACCUUUGGAUCAGAUCAAUUUUGUGGCUGGUCUUGUUUGCGCCUUGUUAUUAGCACCCUUUCUGCGCACCUUUUUACACCCUGCAAAAGUUUCUGCCACCACAAGGCACAGGGUAUGUCUGCUAUUUGGCAUUGCCCUGUCGUGGUUCUGCUAUGGCAAGAGAACGAUUCAUAUAUUGGGCAUGCCCACCAUUUGUUACAUCAUGAUGAAAGUGCAGGGACCAACAACCGCCCAUAGGACUGUCCUUUUCAUUUCACUUGUCUACUUAUCAUUGAUACACUUGUAUCAUCAAUUCAUUGAGAAGAAUUUCUUCUCGGUUGAUGUGACAGGGCCGAUGAUGGUGGUCACUCAAAAAGUCACAUCACUUGCUUACUCAUUGCAUGAUGGCAAUGUCGAGAAGAAGGAGAAGUUGAAACCAAUGCAGGCUCUUCAUGCAAUCAAAAAUCUUCCAUCUCCACUUGAGUAUUUCAGCUUUGUAUUACAAUUCCAAACCAUUUUGGCAGGCCCACUGGUCCUUUACAACGACUAUCAUAACUAUAUUCACGGAGUCGCUCUUGCUGAAUGCCAAUCUUUGGCCAGUCAAGGAAACAACAGCAAGUUCAAAGACAGCUAUGUAGAGCCAUCACCUAUGAAAGCAGUUCUGAAUAAGGUAGCUGGCAGCAUUUUUUGCCUAGUAUUUUUCUUGUGGAUGAUUCCACUCUUCCCUAUUGGCAGAGUUAAAGAUGCAGAGUUUCUGACUACGAAAGGAGUUCCAGCACAAAUUUUGUACCUGAUAGUGGCAACCUCGUUGGUGCGCCUCAAGUAUUAUCAUGCAUGGUUAUUGGCUGACGCCAUCUCCAAUGCAUCUGGAUUGGGCCUCAGGGUUCCCACAAAUCCAAAAGAACAACCCACCUGGGACCUUAUUUCCAAUAUUGAUGUCAUUGGAUUUGAAUCGGGAACUAGUCUCCGUGAUUCCGUUUCGGCUUGGAACAAAGGCACUUCAACUUGGCUCAGACUGCUAGUUUAUGAGAGGAACACGAAGAUGCGCACCUUGCAGACUUAUAUUUUAAGCGCCAUUUGGCAUGGAUUCCACCCUGGAUAUUACCUGACUUUCCUCUCUGGUGCUCUUUUCACAGUUGCUGCAAGAUCGGCAAGGAGGUGUCUACGUCAUCACUUCACAGGCUCUAUUCAUUACAAGCAGAUGUACGAUUGGACUACAUUCUUGGCAACUAGAGUGCUGAUGGGCUACGUAACCUUCCCUUUUGUACUUCUGGAAUUCUGGCCAUGCAUCCGAAUCUACAGUCACAUGUACUGGUGGUAUCACCUGUUGGCCGCAGCUGCCAUCAUGAUCCUGCCUGUCUUGAUGCCAACUGCACCUUCUGACUCCAAAACUGGAAAAGCAGCACGCACACAGGAAGAAGUUAAACUUGCUGCUGGCCUCGAAGACCAGGACGGUGAUCUCAUUUUAGUCCCACCACCAAAUCUGUCUCCCUCAGCCAGACGACGUCACCUUCUCAGAGACGUUGUGCUGGCCGACUCAGGCAAAAUGCUGAAGCUGAAUUCAACUGCUCUCGUCACAGAGUGAAAUGGGCCACUGGGAGCUCCAGGUUGUGAGCUGAUUGUUAAAACAAUUCAAGUGCAUGCUUCUUUUUUUGGAAAAUUAAGUAGUCCUCAGAACAAAAUAUCAAAUAUAAUUUUUGUAAUCAACUUUUUGAGGUAGUCAUUAACUUAAGAAAGGACCAGUGGAUGUCAUUGAAGGUUUAAAUGGCAUCUGAUCAUAAUACUUAAGUUAAGGUUCCUCGCAGAAAUGAAUAUGAAACCCUCUUUACUGAUGUUUAUCAAACUCUACACUUAAAUAUAUAAAUCUAACAAAAUA